CGCCCCCCCGCCCCGCGCGCGGCAGCUCGAGGAUGAAAAUCAAGCGGCAGAAAACCGCCAAGAAGCUCCUGUCGUUUUACCGCCACAACUACAGCUUCCGCGAGCCCUACCAGAUCCUCCUGGACGGGACCUUCUGCCAAGCGGCUCUAAAAAACAAGAUCCAGAUCAAGGAGCAGGCGCCCAAGUAUCUAAUGGGGGAGGUGCAGCUCUGCACCACCAGCUGCAUCCUGAAGGAGCUGCAGUCUCUGGGGAAGGAACUGUACGGGGCCAAACUGAUCGCCCAACGAUUCCAGGUGAGAAGUUGCCCCCACGGGAAGAGUGCGGUGAGUGCCUCCGCCUGCCUCCUGUCCAUGGUCGGAGAUGGUAAUCUUCAUCACUAUUUCGUAGCCACGCAGGAUCAAGAGCUAACCAUGAAAAUUAAGAAGUUGUCAGGAGUCCCUCUGAUGUACAUUAUACAGAAUACGAUGGUCCUGGAGAAACCUUCUCUCAAAUCAAUUGCACAACUAUGUUCUUUGCACGAUGAUCAACUUGUCCCCGUACAUCAGCGACAAACUAUACAGCAUUUGAAAGAAGAGCAUGGCCUUGUGAAGGAAUCUGAACCCAGGCAUAAAAAACGCAAAAGAAAAGGGGGACCUAAUCCUCUUAGUUGUUUGAAAAAGAAAGUCAAACCAGCACCACCGCAACCAAAUAAAGAAAAAAUACGAAGAUCAAGAAAGAAAAGGAGAAGAGAUGCAUCGUGUGUCAAAGCUGAAGCUACUGUGUAAAGGUGUAAACAGAGUCAGUAAGAACAUGGACCAAAGUGCAAAGUUAUUUUUCACAGAACACUUAGGUUGUAUCCAGUCAAGUGUACUAAUUGUUACAGAUGUUUUUCAGAAAAAGUUAUUUGUUUGAAUAUUCAUGAUUUCAUAAUUAUAUAAAAUAUUUUGUUCCUGAA